UCAAGGUUUCUCCUUCAGUCUGGUUCUCCUUCGUCUCGGUCACGCUGUAAAUAUUUGCCGGUUACCGAUAUUUACCAGACAAACUAUAAAAUGAAGAUCUGGGCGUCCGAACACAUUUUUAACCACCCAUGGGAGACGGUGACCAAGGCGGCAAUGCAGAAGUAUCCCAAUCCCAUGAACCCCAGUGUAUUAGGUGUGGAUGUUCUGGACAGAAGUGUUGACUCUGAGGGACGGUUACGUAGCACGAGACUGCUCAGCACCGAGUGGGGGCUCCCCGCUGUAGCCAAAACUCUCUUUGGAGCGACAAGAACGUGCACCUAUGUUCAAGAACAUUCAACAGUGGACCCCAAACAGAGAACCUUUGAGUUGCAAUCAACAAAUCUCUCAUUUACCAACCUUGUAUCUGUGGAUGAGAAGCUGACAUACAAACCACAUCCACAGGACCCAGAGAAGACGGUGCUGACGCAGGAAGCUUUGAUCAGUGUAAAAGGUGUCAGUCUAAGCAGCUACCUCGAGGGUCUCAUGGCUAAUACCAUAUCUGUUAAUGCCAGUAAGGGUCGAGAGGCGAUGGAGUGGGUCAUCAGACGGUUGAACACAGAGAUAGAGGAGCUAGCAGCCACUGCUCGUGGUUCCAUGCGCGUUCCAAUGGCAGCAGCUGUUGCCGAUAAAUGAUCCUGGCUUCCUCUCCGCUUUAUCAUGAACCAAUGGACUUCUCAGACACUUUCCCUUUAAAGGGACCUCUCAUCUCAUCUGCCAAGACUGCCUAAAAACCACAGUCCCAUUCCUCUCUCCUCUUGUUUGUCACAAGGUCACGGUUUGUCCUUCCUCAGCAGUCUGCACGGUCGAGUGUCUUCUCGCCUCUGUGGGCGGUGACGAUGAGCGUCGGGCUGGUGACAGUUUACCAAACAAGGUUUAAUCAUAUUAAACUUGAAGCUCAUAGGAUGUUGUCUUGUGAUGUUACAGCUGUAUUUUUAAAAGCAAAUUCACACCGUGCCUACACACGCUCUCAGCAACAUUGUUUCAUUCCUGAUGUUUUUUUUUAGUUUGUAAUGUUUUAUUAUUUUGAAUCUUUUCAGACAGGUUUAGUACAUUUUAAAGUACAUUUCUGGAUUUUGUUGACCCUUCCUUGUACUGCAGAACCAACCAAAAUAUGUACUGUAUGUACUUAUAUGAUCUAAAUGGACAUUUUAAAGCUUUGAUUUCAGAUUUUGUCUUACCCAACAGUUUUAAGCAAUGCAAGACACAAGUUGAUGCCAGUAAUUUUUGUACUUCAGAGGUCAGCUUUGGCUUUUUAUGGCAACCUCAGAACCAAACUAAGGAAGUUUUGAUGCUGAUUCUGGUUUAUCUUUUACAAUUGUCCUCAUCAGAUUGGUUCUCAGUUUUUGUAGUCUUUAAGGUGCUUUCUAGGAAAAAAAAAUUUUGUUGUAAAAAACAUCAAUUCUCCUUUCCUC